AUUACCAAUAAUUCCGAAUCAAAACACUACAACAUGGCCGAAGCAGCAGGCGUCUUGUAUGCGGCCGAGCAUCUGGUCGAAGGUGGCAUAGCGCUAGCAAAAGGCAUCUACGACCCUACGCUACCUCUCAAAGCAACAAUCACACCAAUCACCGAUAUAAAUUUGCCACGAGUACAUCAUAGCGUCUCCGAGGUCAAAGGCAGAGCAUAUGUGUUCGGUGGCAAGACCGAUGGUGAUGAAUUGGCUGAUAAUGCCAUGCACAUCAUCAUUCUUCCAUCUUCUGGUAUUGAAAGCACAGAUUACCGACGUUUGGAACCGACUGCUUCUUCACCACCGGCAAGAUACGGUCACUGCUCUGCAAUCAUCGAUGACCAGAUUUACGUCUUCGGCGGUUCUGAUGUGAAUGGACCUCUAGAGGAGAAAGGCAGAGUUUGGGUCUUCGAUACGGACACCAAUUCAUGGUCGAGUAUUGAUGCUGCUGUUGGAGACGUGCCAAAGGCUAGGGUGUGGGCAGCUGCUACUGCAAGUGCACAGCCACAACCUGAGCAUCGCAGAACAGACGAGAAUGUGGCACCUCAACUACCUCCAGACCCAGCGAAGAUGGUUCCGGAGCCUUUGAAGCCGAGCACUUAUGGUACCUUCGUCGUAUAUGGAGGGGUCACUGAGAAAGGCCAAAGUCCAAACUCGGAACUCUGGACUUUUGAUGUCACUUCAAGGACCUGGUCUCAGCUGCCUUCGCCUCCAGCACCUAGCGACUCAACCUCCAUGCCCUCCAUAACCUUUCACUCUAACCGUCUUUACGCCGUCUCAGGAAGCGAGACUCACUACCUCGAUCUGUCCUUCGAUAGCACAACUUACACGGACAAACCAACCCAAGGUCCCACAACAUUGAGCCCCUGGUCCUCCCUCCAUCCCACCACCACCUCGAAAACAGCAAAAUACCCAGCUUCAUCCUCUUCAUCCACAGCUCUCAUUCCCAUAACCACAGGCCAAGGGCGCAACUACCUACUCCAUCUAACCUCCUCAACCCUCAGCACCCUCCAACUCACCUCUUCGAAAACCACAGCAGCGAGCCUCAAAGACCGCGCCAGAAAAGCGAUUUCGAAAAAGACGGCAGAGGGUGAGUGGGCAGAGGUGCGAUACUUCAAUGCCGAAAACGUCAUGAUUCAAGAAGGUCAAGCGGGCAGAGGAGUAGGUGAUAGAAAAGGAUUUGCAACGACAAAGGUCAAAGAGAUUGACGGGGGUAUGGUGUUAGUGUGGGGAGGUGUGGAUGGAAGGGGAAGAGUCAGGAGUGAUGGAUUGAUGAUCGAGGUGGAAAAGUAAAGGCAGUACUGUAUCAACAAUUUUGCGGUUCAUGAAUGGAAGAGUGGUUGAACCAGAAAUAUAUUCGCUGCUGGAGA